AUGGGUGGCUUGCCUUCCGCUCACAUGCAGGUAUCGAUGUCCGGAUUUCUGUUCUACUUUGUCGGGUUUUUACUCGCGUUUCCCGCCCGGGCGGGGCCGGAGACGGAGCCGGAGGCUCGGUGCCCGGAUUAUGUGGCGCGUCAUGCACCGCUGGUAUGGCUGCAUUCGGAAGAUUCUUAUAAGCCUAGCGACCUUCUUACGCACAUCCGCCACACCACGCCGGUGCUUGAUGGACAGCCGAUCCAUGAUCUUCCCCCACUUGAUCUAGACAACUUGGAGAUUCUCAAUAAGUAUGGGGAAGAUGUUGCACUCGCCUCCAAUGAUGAUCCCACCACAUACCCACCAUGGUUUCACGGCGAAGCACCGGACGAGGACGGCCGCAUUCACAAUGCCACGCCGUGCGUUGUGAUUCUGGUAGAGAAGAGCAAGCGUGACAUGGACGCGUUUUACUUUUAUUUUUACUCUUUCAAUGAGGGCCCGAAUAUUACUCAAGUACUUGAACCUCUCAAUCGUCUAGUGAAAGGCGGUAAGGUGGCGUCGGGGAUGCAUUUCGGAGAUCACGUUGGAGAUUGGGAGCACAACAUGGUUCGUUUUCGGGAUGGAAAGCCUGUGGGAAUCUACUACAGUCAACAUGACGGCGGUGCAGGCUAUAAGUGGAAUGAUCCGAAAAUCACAAAAACCGACGGAAGGCCUAUUGUCUACAGCGCUCUUGGAUCCCACGCCAAUUAUGUCGCUCCAGGGUAA